AUGCAUGCAGCAUGCAAACACCCAACUUUGUGGGAUCAGUUACAGGAGAGUUUGAAGGCCGUGAUAGCUAAGAGCCAUGAGUAUGAUCAGCUAAAGGAAAAUUUGAGUAAGAAAACGGCUGAUCUUAGUACUUGUGCAAUUGAAUAUGUAGAUGAUGGUGAAGGCAACAUAGUUGAAGUUCAUGAUCCUAUUAAAGUAUCAACGAAAGGUGCAACUAAGGUAGAUGAGAACCGCCCUAUGUCGAAAAAUGGUAGGCCACUUUCGUACGACGAGAUCAGAAUCAGGUGCGGCGCAUGCAAAUUGCUAGGGCACACUAAACGCAGCAAGAAAUGCAAACUAAAUAAGAAAAGCGUGGUGGGCGAAGAAGAGUAGAACAGUUGCUAAAGUUAUGUUAGGAUGAAUCCAGUGAUCUAAUAGUGAGGUGUUUACAAUGU